AUGGAAUCUUUGGAUAACAGAGAUGAACAGAUGCUUAAUAAGUCGAAGCCUGUGGAAGAAAGGAUCCCUGUCCAACCCUAUACUAUUAAAGCAGAAUCAACCCCUAGCCCACACCUACUUAGAAAUGAACCCUGUCGGUUGACUACGGCCUGUCUCAGAAAGGCAUUGUUAUCACCAGGCGAGUGGCACGCACUUUAUGAGUUCCUUUCGAUCGAAGAGUCGCGGUCAGACAAAGCGGAGCGAUCAACAGAUGGGUUACAGUGGCUUUGUUUAAAGCGAUGCGGUGGGAAGAUGAAGCGGCAUAAGUCGUCAAGGGAAGAGAGGAGAAGAGUUGCUACGGUUAAAGCGGAUUAUAGCACAGCCCCCUGGGGGGUCUAUAUUUCUCCUCAACCAGAUAAACUCUACCCAAUUCAUAGAACCGGUACGCGAGGGAUGGGGGGGGAACGAACCUCGGAGCACGUCUUCAAAGACUGA